AUGUUUGUUGUAAAGAAAAUGCGAUUUACUAACCCCCCAUUUCAAAGUUUAAAUAUCAAAACGCUAAAAAAUAUCUCUAAUAGUUCUAUUUCUAGCGGAAAUAUUAGGCAAUUCCAUAAUUAUCGACCAAUACCAUCAACACUGCCACUGUUAACCAGAAUAGAAUAUGGUUCCUUAUUAUCGAAAAACACUAAUAAUAUUCAUUUUUAUCACCGACCAAAAACCUCAACAAAUCACACAAGUACAAUCCCAUCUCUACUAAUAAAUAACACAAAUAAUGGAGGUCUACGAUUUAAUAUACACAUCCGCACCGGUAUCAAUAGUGGUGCUUUUAAAUAUUUUCACACAACUUCUAAAGCAUAUUCGCAAAGUACAAUAAACCCUGAUACUACGAAUACUAAAAAGCCAGCAACAUCAAAUGGACAUAAAGAGCUACUGAGAUUGUUGAAAUUGGCUAAAUAUGACUGGAAAUUAUUAUCUGUCGCAUUAAUAUUAUUGAUUUUUUCGUGUGUAAUUGGAAUGUUAAUACCUAAAGUUAUUGGUAUGGUUUUAGAUGCUACAAAAGACGCCGUUUUUAAUAAUGAUAAUAAUAGCGAUCAUAAAAUCACAAGUAUUGAUGACAUGUCCCCUAUUAUCUGGGGUUUAUCUAUGCCAGAUUUCUUGUGGGUGGUAGCUGGUGCACUAAUUAUAGGACAGGCAGCCUCUUUUGGUCGUGUUGUUUUAUUGAGAAUAUUAGGUGAGAAACUAGUUGCUAGAUUAAGAGCUAAUGUAAUGAAAAAAACCCUACAUCAGGAUGCCGAGUUUUUUGAUAGAAAUAAAGUUGGUGAUUUAAUUUCAAGACUAAGUUCUGAUGCCUAUGUAGUAUCCAGAUCAAUGACACAAAAUAUCAGUGAUGGUUGUAAAGCUGUCAUUUGCGGUGGUGUUGGCAUUGGCAUGAUGCUCAAUAUUUCAACUUCUUUGUCUGGCGCAUUAUUUAUCUUUGCGCCUAUAUUGCUUUUUGGCGCAUCUUUAUAUGGUAAAAGAAUUAGAAUUAUUUCUAAAAAAUUACAAGAAUCAACAGGUAAUUUGACAAGAGUUGCCGAAGAACAGUUAAGCGGAGUCAAGACAAUCCAAUCCUUUGUCGCAGAAGGUAAAGAACUACAUAGAUAUGACAAAUCUAUUAGGCAGGUUUUUCAUGUGGGCAGAACUGAAGCAUUCACAAACGCCACUUUUUUCUCUUCAACUAAUAUGUUGGCUGACAUAAGCUUUCUUAUUGUUUUGGCUUAUGGCUCUCAUCUAGUUUUGCAAGGUGGUUUGACUAUUGGUGACUUAACUGCAUUUAUGAUUUAUACUGAAUACACCGGUAAUGCAAUGUAUGGCUUAUCUAAUUUUUAUUCUGAAUUAAUGAAGGGUGCUGGUGCAGCUUCAAGAUUAUUUGAAUUAACCGAUAGGAAACCGGUUAUUUCUUCUACAAAGGGUGAGCAUUUUAUCACCAGAGAUUUUAAAUGUGGUUCAAGCAUUAGAUUUGAAAAUGUCUCAUUUUCCUACCCGACAAGACCAGGCAAUAAAAUUUUCAGCGAUUUAACUUUUAAUAUUGAAGCUGGGUCAAAUGUUUGCUUUGUUGGGCCUAGUGGUAGGGGAAAGUCCACUAUAACUUCUUUAUUGUUGAAAUAUUAUUUGCCCUCGACCGGCACUAUCUAUAUUGAUGGCCAGGAUAUUAAUAAGAUAAGCGCCAAGUCUUUAAGACGUUCGUUAGGUGUUGUCCAGCAGGAACCUAUUCUAAUGUCAGGAACAGUUCGAGAUAAUAUUGCAUAUGGGUUGGAUUAUAAACCCACAUUGGAAGAGAUCAGAGGUGUCGCUAAAAAAGCCUUUUGUUUCGAUUUCAUCACGAAAUUUCCCCAAGGCUUUGAUACAGUUAUUGGUGCGCGUGGCGCUUUGUUAAGUGGUGGCCAAAAACAAAGAAUUUCUAUCGCCAGAGCCUUGUUGAAAAAACCUAAGAUCUUGAUUUUAGAUGAAGCUACCUCGGCUUUAGAUGUGGAGAGUGAAGGCGCUAUCAAUUACACUUUGGGUCAAUUGAUGAAGAGUAAAGAGUGUACCAUCAUCAGUAUUGCUCAUAGGUUGAGUACUAUUCGCCGAUCCGAAAAUGUUAUUGUUUUAGGUAAUGAUGGUUCUGUUGUCGAAACCGGUAAGUUUAAAGAAUUGUAUGCAAAACGUGACAGUGCAUUGUUUAAGUUAUUGAAUGAACCUAAAAAACUGGAAACACUAAUACCAUCACCAUUACUAUUAAAGAGUGGCGAUAUUAACAAUAAUUUGGGUGAUCCUGCAUAUAAAGAAUCUGAAGAUAAAUCAACUGUAGCAAAGCAAGAUUCCGACGAUAAGAAGAAAAACAAUGAAGAGGAUGAUUUUGAAGUCAAAAAGGCCAAGGAUGAAGUUAUAGAGCAUGUUUAUGAAGAUAUUAAUUCAGAUCAAAAAUCAUCACAGUUAAGACCAUGA